AUGUGCAGAUACGAUGUGGAUGAGCUGGAUGACCUCGGCAAGCGCUCUAAAAGGGAGGAGUAUGUCGAGGUCAAACGUCCAGACGGGACUGUUGCUAAGGCUCGUGGCGAGAGGACUUUCUACGGGGCCUUCGAGGGCGGCUUCAGCGCCGGCUACUGGGGCACUGUAGGGAGCAAAGAGGGGUGGGAGCCGGCAUCUUUCAGCUCGAGUAGAUCCAAACGCCAUGCCGAAGCGGCCUUGCAGGUCGAGGAUUUCAUGGAUGAAGAGGACCUGCGGGACCAUCGUUCUUCGAGGAAGACAAUCGCAGCUCGUCGUGAGUUCGAAAGUGCUCAAGGACCUUCCCCAAAUAGCUCUGCAGGGUUGCCCAACGGACUUCCCCGGCAGCUGGAAGCAGAGUUAUUCACAGGUGAUGAUCGCUUGGGGACACGGCUGCUGCGCGCCAGCAGUUUCGUGACCCCAUCUGAGACUGCACUGCCCGAGCCUGCCACGGCAAUUUCCAGUGUCAAAUCCAAGAAGUCCUAUGGCUGUGCGCGACCUCCACCAGGCUACCAGGCUCCCUCUGACGCCUUAGGAGUGGAAUGGCCUCAGCAAACUGGCAAGAGGUUGGCUGCGACUUUAAAGAGUGGUUCGCAAGUGGCCAACAGCUCGGCUCUGGAAGCUGAGUUGGAGAGGUUGUGGCGAAGUAAGAAUGAUCUCCAUGGCAUCGGCUACACUUUGGGCUCGAGGUUUUGUUCGGCAAACAGCGUUCCCAGCAGUCGACGGCUCUACAUGUCGAGUGCACGUGGGAAGAAUUUGGCGGCGAAACAGGGCAUCGGAUACGCACAGUUUGGCACCGGAGUCCUGGAUCAAGACGAGUACGAUGCAUGGGAAGAGGUUUAUGAUCAUGAGACUGACAAGCAUUCUCACUACCAUCCUUCUUUGAGGGACGAGGAAGUGGAGGAGACUGCACACGCUGCCCUGAGUGACGUUAAGCCUGCCGCGUCGAUGCCGCAGACUGGCGACGUUCCGGGCUUUGUACGUGCGGAUGGUCAGGACAAGGAGGCACAGGAUCUCAGGCACUGGCAUCCGCCACCUGUGCCUCGAGGCUACAAAGGUGUUCAUCUCAUUGAGAUUUCACCGCUUCAGGAAGCAGAAGAGGGGAGCGAGGAACACCGGAAGCUCAUGGAGUUUCGAGAAAAACAUGGCCAACAGCGGCUUUUGGAUCCGCGAUAUCGUGCCGAGCUGUUGGGCGAGCAAUCGCGUGCAGAACCGUCGCCCGAAAAUGACACUGCGGCACCGCCAGCUCCUCCCGAGGCUGACGAGGCGUGCAUGCAGCGGUCUGCUGCUCCUUUGUGGCGGGUACCCGACCAGCACAAGCAGAACUUGCUCAAUGCUCUUGGUCGUCACUUUGUCAUGGGCCAGACGCAGGACAUGGAUGGAGCAGCCGCCCGCCACGAACCUUUCAAGAACGAUCCGAGCAAGCAGCAGCGUUAUGCCAAGUUCUGCUUAGCGAUGGAGGGCAAGGCUGCGGUUUCCGAAGCCCUGAAGGACUCGCAGGUGGAACGUGAUGUAGAGUUUGCCGAGUUCGGCCGGGUCUACCGUUCGUUCAGGCAACAGCAUCCUGAGGCAGACAUUGUGAAGGCACUCGAAGAGAAGGCCUCCAGCCAGGCACCGCUGCUGCGAAGGACAGCAGUGCCUUGGACGCCGGACAAACUACUAUGCAGGCGGUGGGGUGUGCCGGAACCCAAACCGGGCGGAUUCAGUGACCACGCUCCCGCGGCCCUGCUGCCCAAGCAAAAGAAGUACAACGAGCAGGUGAAAGGCAAAGACCAAGCCCCUGCAAAGGCUUCGUCAUCAAGUGGACUCAGUGAUCCAGACCCAGUGCCACAUGCCAAUGUUGCUCCUGGUGGCGAACUGACACGCCCUCCCAAGUCGUUGUUUGCAUCAAUCUUUGGUGAGUCCGAAGAAUAG